AUGGACUUUGCACGCUCUGCUGCCCUCUGCUUCACUGAAACCUGGCUUAGUGAGCGUGUCCCAGACGCUGUCUUAAAUCUGCCGGGCUUCCAACUUCACCGGGCGGACCGCGAAACGGAGCUCUCAGGGAAAACAAAGGGUGGUGGAGUCUGCUUCUACAUUAAUGAAGGUUGGUGUACUGAUGUCACAGUGUUACAGAAACACUGCAGCCCACACUUGGAAAGUCUUUUCAUCAAUUGUAAACUGUUUUAUAUACCGCGGGAGUUUUCUUCCUUCAUGCUGGUCGGAGUUUACAUCCCUCCUCAGGCCAACGCGAACAACGCACUGUGCGAGCUGGCUGACCAGAUCACCAACCUGGAAAGGAAAUUCCCGGACUCCUUUACAAUUAUCCUUGGGGAUUUUAACAGAGCAAACCUCAACCACGAACUCCCUAAAUACAGACAGCAUAUAGACUGCCCCACCAGGGACAACAUCAUACUGGAUCACUGUUACACCACUCUAAAAGAUGCCUAUCGCUCUGUGCCCCGGGCAGCUUUGGGACAUUCUGAUCACUGCAUGGUCCAUCUUAUUCCAGUUUAUAGGCAAAAACUCAAACGUGCCAAGCCUGUAGUCAAAACUGUGAAGAAGUGGACUAACGCAGCAAAGCAGGAACUGCAGGACUGUUUUGACUGCACUGAUUGGACUGUUUUUGAAGCUGCAUCUGAUAACCUGGAUGAGCUCACGGACACUGUGACAUCAUACAUCAGUUUUUGUGAAGACGUGUGUGUGCCAACAAAGACCUUUUGCACCUCAGCCAACGACCCUGCGUCAGUGUGGAGGGGCCUGCAGGAAAUCACCAGCUACAGACGCCCCCCACCCACUGUUGAAGCAAACAAAGACCUGGCCAACAAGUUAAACACAUUCUACUGCAGGUUUGAGACGGACAGACUCCCACGCCUCACCCUCCCCUCCCCAGAGACACCGCUUCAGACACUGACCCCCAACACACCUUCCACCUCUCCCCUCUUCACCCUCACCCUCUCCAAUCCAAAACAGAAGCCCAGGAAAGCCCCCGGACCAGACGGUGUCUCACCCUCCUGCCUCAAGACCUGUGCUGAACAGCUGGCUCCCAUCUUCACUCACAUCUUCAACAGAUCCCUGGAGCUGUGUGAAGUUCCAUCCUGCUUCAAACGCUCCACCAUCAUCCCUACGGACACGCUGUCGGAGCUCACCGAUUCUGAUGCGUCGGGUCUGCUCUGCGUUUACGUCUUUUUGCGCUAG